ACGUCAUUUAAAGGACAGUCAUCGAUAAACUGCGUAGGAAAAUGUGCAGUGUGAAUCAUUUUAAGGACAACAAAAUGGCUGAAUGUUCUAACACUGGUCAUGAAAUGGAUACUACUAAGUGCGGAAUCUGUCUUUCAGAUUUUACUAAACCGAUUCUUUUGGGUUGCUUUCACACAUUUUGUACUCCGUGUGUGACAAAACUGACUGAAGGUAAGGAGACAUUGGUUUGUCCGUUAUGUCGAGCUGUACAAGUACUUCCAGACAAAGGGGUUAACGGUUUAAUCCUUUAUCCGUACGUUAAAGAGACUGAUAAUCCUGAUACGAACGGUAUGAUUCUAUGUCAGAUGUGUGACAAUGACAGGAUCGGUGUUUCGAAUUGUGUCGAUUGCAAUAGUAAGAUGUGUUAUGAAUGCUCUUCGUAUCAUCUGAAGCAUAAAAUAUUCAAGACUCACAAAACAGAAAAAAUAGAAAUUGAAUAUACUGAGACUAAAUCACCAGAAGAGACAAAUUGUAACGGUGCAACAUGUGAAAUUCAUAAUAAGGAUUUUACUCUUUACUGCGAACCUUGUAAUAGAGCAGUAUGCCAGGACUGCGUUACACAAGACCACAAGCUACACAACAGUGAGCCAAUAAUGUUUCAAUCCCAGAGAAGGAGAGACCUAUUGCGAUCAGCUAUUGGUGCGAUAAAAUCGAAAAUCGCUGGACUAGACCAAGAGAGAGAAAUAUCAAAAUUUGCAGAACAAAAUCAUUAUAAACUAUGUAAACAAUGGAAAGAAGAAAUAAGAACGCAUGCAAACAGAUCAAAAGAAACUUUGUGCAAAAUAGUUGAUCUUUUAGCAGAUGUUAACAUAAAUAAAACAGAUGAAAUGCAGAAGGAAGAUAUAAAAUCGAUUAAUAAUUUUCAAGAUGAACUAGAAACAAAAAAAUUGUCUUUACUUUGUUUGCUUAGAAACACUGAAGAAAUUGUUAAACGCAGUUGCGAUGGAACUCUGCUUAAUGAUUAUACAUUUCUUUACCAGACGUUAAGCAAUGCUGUCACGAAGGACACUCAGUUAAAAGUAUUUGCACCACAGUUUUGUUUCGGGAAUCAACUUGAACACAAAUAUAUUGAAAACUGCUUUGGCUUGGUUAAGAGAGGAGAACUACCCAACAUAAUAGGUGCAUCGGAGUCACACGUUUAUUCACUACCCGUUAUUUGCGACGUAACUGAGUUCAGGAAAGUACGCUCUUUUAAUGUCGACAGCACAAUUCGAAGUAUAUUCGGUGUAUGUGAAGAUAAGGCUUGGAUAAUGCAUUUAAUUACAAGGUAUGAGGAAUAUAUAAAACUUUAUUCGUCUAAAGGUUUAGACCUCGGAUAUCAAAUUCCAAAAGAUAAUGCAGAGCAAAUAUUACGAGCUACACAGAAAGAAAUUUGGGUAAAAUCCGUUGAACUUAUUAGGAAAAUAACUAUAGGAACUACAAACAAAACUGAAGAGAUAGCACGCAUGCCCGAGCUCACAAAUGCUACUUGUACUGUGCUUGAUGACAACCGCCUUAUUGCGUUCUGUUAUGAAGGCAAGUGUUUUAAUGAGGUGACAAUUGAUGGAGACUGGCCAGUCACUAUCAACGAAACAACAUUAAAAAAUAUCCCUGUCGAGGAAAAAUAUGCCAGGCUGAUGACCACAAAGCCUUUGAGAAUAACAGAAACCGUAUCGAAGCACAUCAUUAUACCAUGUGGGAACAAGGUUAUCACAUUUGACAGAAACUUUAGGGUAUGCAAUGUUCAUGAAAGUCUAGGUUCAAGUUUUAGGGGCAUAUGUCGAGAUCCAUACGGCAAUAUAUUUAUAGUUGAUAGCAGUAGGAACAAAAUUUGUCUGUUUAAUUCCUAUGGAGAAUUCUUACAUGAUGUUUUGGUUCCAGAAAUACCUAGUAGCAUCGAAGACAUCACGAGAGAUUCUAUUGGAAAUAUUUGGUUGACGUAUGGAAGCUAUGUACACGUAUACUCGUAUCUUUAAUUUUAAGCUUGAUAGCAAUUGUUUGAUGAGUUUAUUGACAGUGACGUUCGAACAGAUCUUGACAAUGUUUUUCACAGUGUUUUUUUUUUAUAAAGAUAACCGUGAAAAUGAAAAAAAUGUAGUUCUGUUACCGUUUCAUUGCAGUUAUAUUUUUAAAAAGGUAGUAUAAGAAUAUUUUAUCCACUAGAUUUUAUCUGUAAAAUAAACUUACCUACUUAAUAGCCGUCGCGAUAAUAGGGAAUAUGACAAUAUGAUAGGGACCCUUCACUAGAACGCUGGACUAAUGGGGUAAGUUGUUAACAGCAUGCAAUGUGUUGUUGAAUUAAAAAAAUAGGAAUAAGAUAAUGAUUUUUGGAGAGAGAAAACAACGUCAAUUUAAGAUAAAACCCAUCCAUAAAAAGAUUAAACAAACUCAGAAAAGUGAUUCAAAUUCUGAUUGAAACUUAACCACAAGAAAAAAAACGUAUGUUGACAGAUACAUACGUGUGCAGUCAAGCAAAUGUUAUUUAUGUGGCAUUAGACGCAGGAACAGACAACGUGUCUUUUAAAUAAAAUAAAUCUAUCUAUACAAAAAACUAUGAAUUGAUCAUAACACGAUUUUAUCUGUUCAUAUCUAUAAAUAUCAGGUCAUUAUUCAAAACUAACUUGAUAGAAAUUAUACUUUGUUUGAUGUGUUUGAGCUUUUGGUUUUGUCAUUUGAUAAGGAAUUAUUCGUUUUUGAAUUCUCAUUUGAGUUCGUUUGUUUUGUUAUUUUACUUAUUGCAGUAUACUUAUAUUCAAUUUCACUAUUAUUUCAACUCUAAAAAAUGUAAAAUCCGUAUGACAUACCAGACUUCAAAUCAAACAAGUGUGCUUAUUGAAAAAAACAUCAUCAAAAACGACGAGACAUCGUUGUAAGGUUGAGGUUCAAGCACUAAAUGAUUUCAUUGUCUUAAAAAAGCUAUUUUUCUUCUUAUAGAACACUGAAAUAUAACGUAGGUUUGUAGGAGGCUUCAAUUCAAUACUCUUUUUAAUUUUCGGUUGCGCUGGUACGUUUUGGCAGUUAUUUAUUUUAUAACGGUCGAAAUAAUAUUCGGAGUGCUUUCUGGUCCCAACACUUUUUGAAAUGAUUUUUUUAACGUUUUAUUGUGUUGUUGUUAAUCUACUGUGAGAUUCUAUUUUAUAAUUGAUUUGAUUUAAAUAUCUUUACUAUAUAUUUAUUAAGAUAUGAUAUGGAAGUUAUCAGAUACACAGCUUAUAAAAUGUCACUCGUCAAUACGACUAAAUUCUAUUUCCAUUAUGUUGUACUUACUUAUUGUAAUAAAAUGAAGCACAUAUCAA